AUGGCGGCUUCUUCAGUAUCGCAGCCGGAGGUAAACCUGUGUGAGUCCCCGGUGCCAGCCUCAAUGUUCUCCCGGAGCCUGACGCCGAGGAUUCGGACUGCAGUGUGGACGGAGAGCCGCUGAGGAACGGAGAGGCGGAGGUGGACCUGACCAGCAAACAUGUUCUAGUAAGCCCCAGUGCGGAACAGUAUGAUAGCCUUUUACGUCAGCUACGGGAAAGAAUGGAUGAAGGACGAGGGGAAACGAUAUAUGUUAUUGGUCAAGGAUCUGAUGGUACAGAAUAUGGGCUAAAUGAGGGUGAUAUGGAGGCAUCAGUGGCUACAGUAGCUAGCAUGGCAGAACAGAUUGGUGCUGAUAUGAUCCUGUUGCGAGAGCACCAAGAGGUUGGAGGCAAAGUACGAGACUACCUGGUGCGCAAACGAGUGGGAGAUAAUGACUUCUUGGAAGUGAGGGUGGCUGUAGUUGGCAAUGUGGAUGCUGGGAAGAGUACACUUUUAGGAGUUCUGACACAUGGAGAACUCGACAAUGGCCGUGGUUUUGCCAGACAGAAACUCUUUCGGCACAAGCAUGAGAUUGAAUCAGGCCGCACCAGCAGUGUGGGCAAUGACAUCCUAGGCUUUGAUAGCCAUGGACAUGUUGUAAACAAACCAGACAGUCAUGGAGGUAGUCUGGAAUGGACCAAGAUAUGUGAGAAGUCCUCAAAGAUCAUUACUUUUAUAGACCUUGCUGGUCAUGAGAAAUAUUUGAAGACCACUGUAUUUGGAAUGACUGGUCACCUACCAGAUUUCUGCAUGCUGAUGGUUGGCAGCAAUGCUGGCAUAGUGGGCAUGACUAAAGAACAUCUCGGUCUGGCGUUGGCAUUAAACGUCCCAGUCUUUGUGGUGGUAACAAAGAUUGACAUGUGUCCAGCAAAUAUAUUACAAGAAACUCUAAAACUUCUGCAGAGGCUACUUAAAUCUCCUGGGUGCAGGAAGAUUCCAGUCCUGGUGCAAAAUAAGGAUGAUGUCAUUGUAACGGCCUCCAACUUCAGCUCAGAAAGGAUGUGCCCAAUCUUUCAAAUAUCUAAUGUAACAGGUGAAAACUUGGAUCUGCUCAAAAUGUUCCUCAAUUUGCUGUCUCCCCGAUGCAGUUCAAGGGAAGAAGAACCUGCGGAGUUCCAGAUUGAUGAUACCUACUCUGUACCAGGUGUGGGCACAGUGGUUUCAGGAACAACAUUAAGAGGACUGAUUAAGCUAAAUGAUCUUCUGCUUUUAGGACCUGACCCUCUUGGCAACUUUACUUCAAUUGCAGUGAAGUCAAUACAUCGCAAACGCAUGCCUGUCAAAGAAGUACGAGGUGGUCAGACAGCAUCUUUUGCUCUGAAAAAGAUUAAGCGAUCCUCUAUCAGGAAGGGCAUGGUAAUGGUUUCACCACGCCUUAACCCUCAAGCAUCUUGGGAGUUUGAAGCUGAGAUCUUGGUGCUGCAUCACCCUACAACAAUCAGUCCACGAUACCAGGCGAUGGUGCAUUGUGGCAGUAUCCGUCAAACAGCCACCAUCCUGAGUAUGAGCCGUGACUGCUUGCGUACUGGAGAUAAAGCUACAGUUCACUUCAGAUUCAUAAAAACACCUGAGUACUUGCACAUAGACCAGCGACUGGUAUUCAGAGAGGGCCGAACCAAAGCUGUGGGCACAAUAACCAAGUUGCUACAAAGCACAAACAACUUGCCAAUGAACUCAAAGCCACAGCAAGUUAAGAUGCAGUCCACCAAAAAGAGUCCACUUGGAAAGAAGGAUGAAGCAAACCUAGGGACGGCAGCAGUGGAGGAGGUCCCUGUGGCAGCCAAUGUUGGAGCAACAGGGUUGCAAGCACAACCAAAGACUGGGGGAGGUGGAAGACGCCGUGGUGGGCAGAGGCAUAAAGUAAAAUCUCAAGGGGCAUGUGUGGCCCCAGCAGGAGGUUGCUGA